CCACUUUAUAGAUCUGUUUGGGUAUAUUUCUUAAUAGCAAAUGGCGAAAGUAGUUAUUACCGGUUUUGUAUAUUUUUUGUUAAAUGAUUGAUUCGAAAUGAUACAAUAAUUCUGGUGUAUGUAAAAAUAAAAAGUCGAAAGUUUCUAUUUGGGUCAAUGGUUCGGAUUCAAAAAUACUAAAAACCUUGAAUGAGAAACAGAGUUUCUUGCUUUCUUUCAACAUGGCUAAGAAUUGCAAAGGAAAGCAUAAGCCGAAGGCAUGUAGACCGAUAAUACUACAACGAAAGCAUCCACUUCCAAGUAUUUUAUCUUCUUUAAAACAAACUAAUGCUGCUUCAAUGAAAACCAUUGAUCCUGAAAGUGAAGUAGCUGCUACAAAAACUGAACAAGUUGCUGAACUUACAAGUGAGGAUUUGUCACAAAAUUUACCCUCAAACCCGAUGUUCUCUUCUGAACAGCAACCCACCACAGUGAAGCACGAACAGCAAGAAUUAACUUCUUCCCAACCUUGGAAUCAAACUUCUGCCUAUGAAAAUGAUAUUCAAAUUAAAUCCGAAAAUAUUCUUUCAAAUGCAACCUCAAAUCCACAACAAGGAAAUUUUGGAACUUUUUUAAACACUCAGUUUGUACAAUGUCCACCAGGUUCCCAAAUGAGCAAUGUCAUGAUUAAGCAAGAACCAGGAAGCCAUCAGUUUGUAGAUACAUCUCAGAACAUGGGUAUCUACCAGAACCAUGGAGCAAUGAAAACAAUGUACCAUUCUGUGCCUAAUGUUCAAAUGAGCAACAUGGACCCUUAUAACCAAACAGUGUUAAACGAAGUCCCCCUUACAACACAGUCACAAUACCAAACACAUGGAAAUGUUGGCCAAUGUAACCAGUUCACUUAUCCGUAUGGAUCAAUGUCAGAAAUGCAGGCACAUUCGUAUGCACCCAACUAUUACCAACAAGCCAUUCAACCAAACGCAGUGCAUUCUGGUCAAAACAUGCCCCAACCUCAACCUAGCGCACAUUUUCAAGCUACUAACCAACUUGGAGUUCAAAUGCCACCCAAUGCAAGAUACCACAUCCAAGGUUUUUCAUCACAAGCUAAUUUUGUUGAUCAAGCAGUGGACGACAGUCUCACUAAUAUAACAUGGUUGGGAAGAAUGGGAGUCAACAAUUUCAUGCCCGUUCCUAUUGAAAGGGAUCGUAAAGUUUAUGAGAGAACUGAGAAGCGAGGUAGACCCCCGUAUUCAUACAUGGCUCUCAUACAAUUCGCGAUAAACAGCAGCUCAACAGGGAAAAUGACUUUACGACAAAUAUAUCAGUGGAUUGAGGAAAAGUUUCCAUACUUUAAAUCCGCCAAGCCAGGCUGGAAGAACUCGAUUCGUCAUAACUUAUCACUGCAUGAUAUCUUUGUACGUCAAGUAACAACUGGAUCUAAAGCUUCUUAUUGGACGCUUAGAUCGGAUCUAAAUAUUCGACCUUUAACAUUGGACAGUGUUCGUGGCACUUCACACCACACGUUCCAAGACACAAGCAACCCACAAGACCCAUCAUGGUCCCUACAAACUGUCAUGCAAGGACAAAAACCCAUCUUACCAAGAUUGCCACAGAGACCUUACAUUUUACUUCCAGUGCCUCUUAUUAAUAAUGGUACCAAUGACAAGGACAUGACACAAUCAACCACAACUGUUGAUGUUCAAACACCAUCUGUGUACAACUCUACACCUCUACCAACACUUCAUACAGAUAAAGAUAACAGGAGGUUAAGUUCGCAAGAUGGAUCUUCUUUUCUCACAGAUUCAGGAUUUAUUUCUGAUUUGAGUAUGUUCACACCUUCUAACUGUUUGCUCAACUCUGUAGAGAAAAGCUUGCAGAAAAAAAGUGCUACAAGUGACAGCAGUCCUUUACUAUCACAAACUCAAGUUCUUUCUGGAAAAAAGGGAAUCACAAAGAAGUCACGAAAGGAGCCGCUGAAAACACUCAAUGAUUCACUUAAUUCAUCGCUCAACUUUGAAAAGAAUGAAGACACAUCACCUGGGAAACUUCUUGCAUCCCAUUGCAGCCAAUUUCUUGUCAGCAAACAACCUGUAAAGAAGGAAAAGCCAAAAACUCCUGAAUUCCUUAAGAAAUCAGCAAUGGGUUUAACAGAAGACAGUUUUGAUGAAAUGUUAGAGGAUUUGGGUUCACCAUUUAAAUCCUACUUCACUAAAACUGCAGAGGCGGAAGCUUUUUCCACUCCCCGUGCCAACACUGGCUCCAGGAAGCGCAGAUGCUCCUGGGGAUCACCAGAGUCCUCCAAAGAGGUCCAGAAUCGAAUCAAAACUGAAAAUGAAGUCACUUCAUCUAACCGGAGCAUUCGAAGAGUGAAGAGUUGUGUUGGCGACUUAAGGCAAAAUUAUGCAGAUGAAGUGAAAAAUAAUUUAGCAACAGUAAAGACAAAACAAGUGCCUACUUCCACACCUUUGAACAAGCAGAAGUGGCAAAAAUCAAAAGGGUGCGAUGAUAUGAACAUUGAAGAAAACAAGGAGAAUGUUAUGGAGUGUUUCCAGCAGGGCACCAAGCAUACAGAAGAGCAUUGGGAUAAGGAUGAAAAUGGUCAUCACUCUAUUCCAUCUCCCAUCCAUUCAACAUCAAAAAAUCCUGAAUUUGAUUUCUUCCAUGACCUUAUUGGUUCAGUUUUCAAGACCCCUGAUAAAAGAUCAAAUCCAGGAUCCAACUUUGACAACUUAACACCUGAGAGAAUCCCACUAUGUGACAUCACACAGCGGCAAAAACCUAAUCCAGCUGUAAAAACUGAGACAGCCACAACCUCUGACUCCCUGGGGCCACCACCAGCCCUGCUGUCCCCAAAAUUCGAACCGUUAGACACAAGCUUUAGCAAAUUGCUAGACAUCAGUGGUGGCAGUGGUACUUUUAGUAGGAUGAACACACAUUUCUCUGAUGUAGCGGAUCUUAGCUUAAGUUGGUCAAAUUUCUCACAUUUGUAGCUUGGUAGCAGCCAUACAAUUGUGCAAAGACUAGUUUUGGUAUGUGAUAUACCUACAUUCUACUUUACCUAACCUAAAAGUAUUAUUUACCCGCGAAGUCUAGAUGUUUCCGAAUAUAACAGAGUGAGUACGUGGGUUUUUGCUUCUGAAUGUUUUCGUUUUAAGUUCCUUGAUAUUUUUUAAGUUAUAGUCAAAAGUUUUAUUUUGGCUUAACUUGUUUAAUGUUAUUUUAUUCGUUUCCGGUCUUAUUCACUGUCAAUGGCAUCUCUUUUUAAAUUGAUUUUCUGUACAAAUUUCCAUGGUGCUUAUCCACAUUCAGCUUAAGUUAAACUUAAACCGGUCUUCGCAAUAUCUACCCGCUCUGGUUUACAGUUUUUAAUUAUUUUAAAACAGCAAUAUGUUUUAUUUGCAUUUUGUCAGUGUUUGUAGCAAAUACGAUGGUUGUAGUGACUUUUGCUGAAUGCUUUGCACAUUUUUGUUAGCGGUGGAUCUCCCUUUUAUAAGUAAUUUAACUAGCCAUAGCUACGAAGAUAUCUAAUGUAGCUUAUUUACAUUUAAACAAGCCAUUUUAGUGUAGUUGUCGCAUUUAUUUCUUCAACAUACCUAAAACAGAUUGUAUAGAUAUAUAUAUAUAUAAUAUUGUUAUUGCGUUGUGUCACAACAAAUCUAAUCUAUUUUAACAUAAAUACGCAUUUCAAACACGUAAUAAACCAUGCCUAGCAAGUGCAAA